AUGCACUUCCCCCAGGCCAAAGUCGACAAGUCCAUUGUCGACGCCACGCGCAAGCGCACGUCGUUCACGUACUUGAGCACGAAACUGCACGGGAUGUUCCGGCGCGAGCACCGCGACACGAUCGCGUGCGAAGAGGACGAAGAGCCGCCAGCGCGCAACCGCUCGCUCCGGGACCUCUACCGCCUCGGGACGAGCAGCCGCGCGGUCCCGACGACGACGCACGUCGACGACAUGGGGACAGGUAGUAGUGGUGGUGAUAGUAGUAGUACUACUACUACUAGUGCUACUGCAGCUGCUGCAAUGGCAACUAGUGGACCGAGCGCGGCUGUGCUGGUCGAGUACCACAACCAGCCGAGCAGGGAACAGCGCUGGUGCACCAACUGCUCCAAGUGUUUCCAGCGCGGCCUUAGUCGCUACGACCAGUACUGCGGGUUGGACUGCAAGACGGCACAUCGGAUGCGGCAGAUCGCGUGA